CCUGCUCACCCUGGGACACAUAGGAAGGUGAGGAGCUGGGGACUUGAGAGGAACAUCUGUCAGCUUCUACACGGUCUCCUCAACAAGCUCAUCAUUCCAAGAGCAGCAUCACGAAGGAAUGCUGGUUGUGGUCUAUGAACUCAUAGAAAUUAUAGACCACCGUUGAUGAAGGAAUCUAUCCCUUUGAAGUGUGUGUUAAAAGGAAAAAUUAGACAAAUAAAGACAUGGAGCUGCCGCAAGGGGAUGAAAUGGAUGAUGAGGAAAAAACGAAGACCACGUCUCAACCACAAAGCAAAAUGAAGGACCGACUAGGAGAACUCGCGGAGUUAACCAAGCAGUAUGACCAGCAGUUCCCGGACGACGACGAUGAUUUUGACUCGCCUCACGAGGACAUCGUUUUCGAGACCGACCACAUCCUGGAAUCCUUGUACCGAGACAUCCAAGACCUUCAGGCGGAAAACCAGCAGCUGAUUGCCGACGUGAGGCGCCUGGGAAAGCAGAACACCCGCUUCCUCACGUCCAUGCGGCGCCUCAGCAGCAUCAAGCGGGACACCAACUCGAUCGGCAAGGACAUCAAGGCCCGGGGCGAGAGCAUUAACCGCAAGCUGGGCGCCAUGAAGACGCUGAGCGAGCAGGCGGAAGUCCAGCACGGCGCGCACUCGGCCGUGGCGCGCAUCGCGCGUGCGCAGUACAGCGCGCUGGCCCGCACCUUCCAGGCCGCCAUGCACGAGUACAACUGCGCCGAGAUGAAGCAACGCGAGAACUGCAAGAUCCGCAUCCAGCGCCAGCUGGAGAUCAUGGGCAAGGACGUGUCGGGCGACCAGAUCGAGGACAUGUUCGAACAGGGCAAGUGGGACGUGUUCUCCGAGAACCUGCUGGCCGACGUGAAGGGCGCGCGGGCGGCCCUCAACGAGAUCGAGAGCCGCCACCGCGAGCUGCUGCGGCUGGAGGGCCGCAUCCGCGACCUGCACGACCUCUUUCUGCAGAUGGCCCUGCUCGUGGAGCAGCAGGCGGACACCCUGGACGUCAUCGAGCUCAACGUGCAGAAGACCGUCGAAUACACCGGGCAGGCCAAGGUGCAGGUGCGCAAGGCUGUGCAGUACAAGAAGAAGAACCCCUGCCGGACGAUCUGCUGUUUCUGCUGCCCCUGCCUGAACUAGCAGGUGGCCCCGGACCGCCACACCCGCAUCCCCGAGCGGGAUGGACACGUAAGCGCUCUGGGGGUAGAUUUUGAGGCCAUCUGUCCUGGGGUGAGUUGCGCUAAUCACUGUGGACCUGAGCCCUUAGAGAAAGGGAACAAAAAACACGAGGUGCAAGAAUUCCAGCCCAGCUCGUACUUGGAACAAGGGUGGGCUACCCGCUGAUUCUUCAGUCACGACAGAUGCCGGCUGAAGUUUUCUGAGGUCGUUUAAAGGGCACAUAGCACCCUUGCCUCUUAAAGGAAGCCAAAUAAGGAACUGACGUUGUGACAACUCUACGGUAGAUGUCCAAGGCAUGUUUGUACAUGAACCUCUAGCCGGAAGUCAAUUCUGGAUCGGCUCACAGUAUGAACUUGUUAUCAAAAUUCCAGUUCGAUUACCUUAUCCUGAAAGUACCUCGGUUCUGUUCCUUUUCGAGUGAAACUGACCUUGGGAAAAACUGCACAUCUUCCAUUUCUGAGUCUUCCUCUGGUUUAUGCUAUGCGAUCCCCAUCUGAAUGAAUAUCUUCUGCUCACGUCCUCUACUUACUAAAAUCACAUUUAACACUUACUAUUUCCUUACCUCUUUACUUUCAGUGUCUUCCAUCAGAAUACAUUAUGGGAUUUUUUUUUCCCCAAAGUUUUUUGAGCACUCACUAUUGAACAAGCACUCAAAUUGAAGUAUGUGUAUCACAUUAUAUAUUUUUUUCAUAAAUAAAAAUAAUUUAAAAUUUAUCUUCUUACUUGAUAAUUAUGAAUACACUUAUAUGUUAAUGUAAAGUGCCAAUAUUUACUAAUGUAUGUACAUAAUGACCAGUUGGUUUAGCUUUACCUUUGUAAAUAUGAUAUAUAAAUAUCAAGAAAAACAUUUUUACUGUGUUGAUGUUGGUUUGCUUGUUUUGAGUUUAUCUUGCUCCUGUCUGCAUCUCCAUAGUUCAGUCUGGAUCAAAUCCACCCAAGUUUAUUUUGAGUUGGUUGGUUAUGGUGGUAAAGAACAGAUAUCAAAUGCUGAAAAUGCAUACAGAGUUAGAAAUAUUAAAAAAAAAAAAAAUCUGAGAAAUAAUUACUUUUGUUUUACUGUGACCCAUUCCUUUUGUGCAUUGAAAUGUAGUAAUUUAAAAUAAAUCUUGUUUUUCAAGUUAAAUAAACAUUACAUUAGAAGCAUGCUUUUUAUGUAUUUGUGUCCUGACCAUUUAAAUCUUAGUCUAACUUUUCAAUUAUUGUCUUAAAAAUUCUACCACCUUGUUUGAGGCUGCAACAGGUGAAUGGACCUCUGAAUAGGGGAGGGGAGAAUGAAAAAGAAUUUACAAGGGGUUGUGUUGCUUUCUCUCCUGUGUUAUUAGUAAUAAUUUAGCAAAGUCAUCAUGUUUUGGAGAUUUGGUUUCAUUUGCAAACUUUGUAAUAUCCUUACCUACACUCACCAUGUUUCCUGUCUUUUUUAUGAAUCAACUCUGAACUCUUUCUACUCAUUGUUUAAUAGAUGAGAGGGUUUAUUCAGUGGUCAUUAUCCACGGGUGCUUCAGACAGUGAAAUUUUAAAAGCAGUAGAAAGAAUAUCUGAACUCUUUGGAACUCACUAACUAAUCUGCUUAUGACCAUGAAAUCUAGCCCUGCUCCUAAUUUUAAUUUCAUGGUUAAAUAUGAGAAUUGUGGAAACCAAGUCCCACUGGAUUCUUAGACUUCUUCCCAUUCUUUCUCAGCUAAUUCUAGGGAUGAUAUGUUUCACCUUUGACCUAAUUCCCUUUCUCUAAAAAAAAAAGUUCACACAGCUCCAUUGCUAAGUCUUCCAUGGUAGUGAAGAGAUACUGGGAAUACAGGACACGAGCUGUUACUAGUUUCCAUAAGAGAGAAUACUUCCUGAGUUUACCCCAUAAUGCAUUUUCUUUGUUUGGAACCAUUGCUGAAAGUCAAGGAGUUUGCUGGUUCUGUGUACUUAAAAAUUUUUCACAUUGGAAAGUUAGGUAAAAAUUUCACUUUAAUAUACUCAGAGAUUUGUGAACUGUUGCUUAUUGAAAAAGCAAGAAUUUUUCUUCCUGCUCUUCAGUAACUAUCCAACUGUGGCAUAGCAGAAAAGAACACAGAUUCAGGACUGCACUCUCUGGGUUUAAAUCAUGACUUUGCCACAUACCAGCCAUAUGACUUGUGCCUGUUUCCUUAUCUGUAAAAUGUAUAUGAUAGGACCCACCUCCUAGAGUUGUUGGAAGAAGUAAAUGACUAAAUAUGUAAAAGUACUUAGGAUAGUGCCUGGCACAUGCUAAGUACUAUAUUCAUUAUUGUUACUGCAUAACUUUCUUGUAAACUGAUAGAGCUGCUAUUAAUUAAUAGCUAUUAACUUCUGAGAAAAAAUACAUGCUUAUAAGGGCUUCCCUGGGGGCUCAGCCGGUAAAGAAUCUGCCUGCAAUGCAGGAGACCUGGGUUCAAUCCCUGGGUUGGGAAGAUUCCCUGGAGAAAGGAAUGGCUACCCACUCCAAUAUUCUUGCCUGGAGGAUUCCAUGGACAGAGGAGCCUGGUGGACUACAAACCAUGGUGUCAUGAAGAGUUGGACACGACUGAGCGAAUAACACUUAAACUUCCAUUCUUCUGUUAAUAAUCUUUAAUAAAAUAGAAGAAAGAAACCAAGACCUUA